AUGGCUCACAUUGAGAAUUUGAAGGCAAAAAGCACAGCCUUCAAAACACGCCUUACAAAGUGUAGAAACUUUCUGGAUACUGACGGUCCAGAGGCAAUGAGUGAACUCUUGGAAAUAAAGCUACAAACAAUAAAAGAAAAAUACGCUGAAUGGGAUCGAAGCAACGCAUCACUCCUGGAACUCGAUGUGGACAACCAGGAAACAAACACAAAUGACGCUUACACAAUUGAAGAAAACUACGACAUGGUAGUAGCUAGGCUGAGUCGUUUAAUGAAGGACAAGACGCCAGCCCCUGCACAGCCACUAACACCACUACAACCGACACCAGUUGAUCGAGCUGGUUACUCUCCAAGCUUCAAUAUGAAAUUGCCUGAAAUCACCCUACCCACAUUCGAUGGACGAUUCGAAAUGUACAGGCCUUUCAAGGAUCAGUUCAACGCACGACUUCCCAACCACAUCGAUAAGGUAAUUAGACUUCAAUAUCUCCAAACGAGCUGCAAAGCAGAAGCUGCUCAAGCCAUCGAAGCAUUGGAGAUCACCGCUGAAAAUUAUGACGUGGCCUGGGCUCUCCUAGAUAAGAAAUUCGACAUCCCAAGACAAGCUCUUCGACGUCACUGUUCUCUUCUCCUCAACAUUGGAAAAAGAACUAGAGAGAACAACAAGUCACUCAUCGAUCUCGUCAACUCAGUACGUCAGCAGCUACGAUCGAUCAGCAGUUUUGGGACAGCUGAUGAUCAACUAAAUGGCCUGGUAUGCACCAUCAUCCUCAAUCAACUCGAUGAAGAUCUGGUAUUCCAAUGGGAAACUCUCAUAGAAGGCAAGGAAAUACCCAAGCAUGACGAACUUCUCGAUUUCCUCGAGAAGCGAGGAAUUUGCGCGAAGAAUGCUGACACAUCCAAAAGCAUCAAGCAGAAGAACGAGCAGUCGCAGAGCAAGAAUUCACACCACAAACAACAUUCUCACUCCAAACAACAACCUAAUGCCACAUCUGGGCAUUCAGGCACUCCAAGAGCUCAGACCUUCUUCUCCAACACCCCCAGGAAGUGUCCAGUCUGCACUGAGGACCACAGGAUCUACGAGUGUCCAAAAUUUGCAGAAAUGGACGUUGAAAAAAGAAAGAAGGUCAUUUUCGAUCAAAAUCGUUAUCUCAAUUGCUUUGCAAAGGGACAUGGAGUAAAGGAAUGCACUUCAAAGGGUUAUUGCAAGACGUGCAAUGAUCCAAAGGCUAGACACCACUCACUGCUCCACCACACCAAGGAAUCUCCAACACCAUCAGAAAGUACUAGUGCAUGA